UCUGAGAUCUAGCUGUGCUUAGUAAGGUAACUCUAGAGAAUGCUCGAAUGAAUCAGAAAAAUGGCAGCGCCCUUCAGAUCUUGGCUUACAACAAAUCUGCGUAAUAGAUGCUUUCCGUGGUUUAUUGAACUUCAAUCUAAUCACGGCCAGAUCAAUCCAUUUGUCAAAAAUACCAGGAAACUAUCAACGGACUUUUUGGGGCACAGACCAUUAUUUACAGUCAAUUCUAUAUUUACAUUGUGCAGAAACCGUACUUUCACUUUGUCCAAAAAUAUUUUCAGAACAAGGUACUUUUCAUCAAACUCGGACAGAACUUGUUGGAAGUGUGGGAAUAAGGUUGACAAUAAUGAGGAGCUUCUCUUUUGUAAAUGUGGAGUUGUGCAGGAGGUAAAGGGGCUGAAUUUCUUUGAAUUGAUGGGGUAUCCCGAAUCAUUUGACAUUGACACAAAGUCGCUGACACAGAGAUAUCGAGAUCUACAGAGACAGCUCCACCCAGACAAGUAUAGCCUGAAAAGCGAGAAAGAAAAACAGAUAGCAGAGGAGCAGUCGUCUUACGUGAACAAGGCUUACUUCACCCUGCUGAAGCCCCUCCCCCGGGCCCUGUACCUGCUGGAGAGGCGGGGGGUCCCGAUCGAGGAGGACAACACCAGCGUGGACCAGGGCUUCCUGAUGGAGGUCAUGGAGAUAAACGAAGAGAUAAUGGACGCCGACACGCCUGACUCACUCCAGCCCAUCCAGAUGUCAAAUGAUGCCAACAUGAAGAAAUGUGUGAUGGAAAUAUCUAAAGCUUUCAGCGAUAACGAUAAUCAAAGAGCAAAGGACUGGACUGUUAAAUUAAAAUACUUCAACAACAUUAACGAUAAAAUAAUUAGUAUUCAUCAGAAACAUUUUGGUGCUCAUUAGUAAUCAGUAUUGGAUAAAGGUUUGAAUAAUAA